CUUUACUUCUGAGUUUAAUGUGGCCCAGUUUAGUGCCACAAAACAAAAACAGUUGCAGGAAAUCUAAUUGAAAACAUGAAUGUAUAUACUCAGAAGAAAGCACAAAAUGGAAUUUAUGGAGAGAGCUGAAAAUAGCCAUGGCCAUAUGGAUUUCAUUGGACUAGCUCUGGUGGCUGCAGUCCUGAAUAUGAGUCUCACCUGGGCAUAAUUUCUGAGACCCCACCACACAGCUUUCCUUCCCUCACAGCCCCACCCCGUGCCCCUUCUGCACCGCUCCAAGCCUCGCUGGCACAGCUGCCAUUUCUAAGUGAACAAACACAAGCCCUGGAUUGAGACAUCAUACCACGGAAUCAUAACCGAAAACAAUGACACUGUAAUUUUGGAUCCUCCCCUUGUUGCUUUGGAUAAAGAUGCACCUGUUCCCUUUGCAGGUGAAAUCUGUGCUUUUAAAAUCCAUGGACAAGAUAUGCCCUUCGAAGCUGUUGUGCUAAACAAGACAUCUGGAGAAGGUCGUCUUCGAGCAAAAAGUCCUAUUGACUGUGAACUGCAGAAGGAAUACACAUUCAUCAUCCAGGCCUACGACUGUGGAUCAGGACCAGGUGGAACAAACUGGAAGAAGUCUCACAAGGCAGUGGUUCAUAUCCAGGUAAAGGAUGUCAAUGAGUUUUCACCAACUUUUAAGGAGAGUAUGUAUAAGGCCACCGUGACAGAGGGAAAGAUCUAUGACAGCAUACUGCAGGUAGAAGCCAUAGAUGAAGACUGUUCUCCACAGUAUAGCCAAAUCUGCAAUUAUGAAAUUGUCACAACCGAUGUUCCUUUUGCCAUUGACAGAAACGGUAACAUCAGAAACACUGAGAAACUGAACUAUGAUAAACAGCACCAGUAUGAGAUAAUGGUAACAGCUUUUGACUGUGGGCAAAAACAUGCAACGGAAGAUGUCUUAGUAAGAGUUAAUGUCAAACCAGUGUGCAAACCAGGCUGGCAAGACUGGAACAAACGGAUUGAAUACAAGCCCGGUUCUGGCAGCAUCCCUUUGUUUCCCAGCAUUCAUCUAGAGACGUGUGAUGGACCAGUUUCCUCAAUACAUACCACCAUUGAAUUACAGACCAAUUACAUUGGAAAGGGCUGUGAUCGUGAAACAUACUCAGAAAAAUCUCUGCAGAAAUUAUGUGGAGCUUCCUCAGGUGCCAUUGAUCUGUUACCAUCUCCCAGUGCAACAGCUAACUGGACAGCUGGGCUUCUUAUGGACAACAAUGACAUGAUUUUUAAAUUUGAUGGAAAGCAAGGAGCCAAAAUCCCAGAUGGAAUAGUCCCAAAGAAUUUAACUGACCAAUUCACCAUCACUCUGUGGAUGAAACAUGGACCUAGUCCAGGAUUAAGGGCUGAGAAAGAGACUAUUCUCUGCAACUCUGACAAGACAGAGAUGAACCGACAUCAUUAUGCCCUGUACGUGCACAACUGCCGAUUAGUAUUUCUGUUGCGCAAAGACUUUGAUCAGGCUGACACUUUUCGUCCUGCAGAGUUCCACUGGAAACUGGAUCAGAUUUGUGAUAAAGAAUGGCAUUACUAUGUUGUCAAUGUUGAGUUUCCUGUUGUUACAUUAUACAUGGAUGGAACAACAUAUGAACCUUACCUUGUGACCAAUGAUUGGCCUAUCCACCCUUCACAUAUAGCCAUGCAGCUGACAGUUGGUGCUUGUUGGCAAGGAGGUGAAGUCACCAAGCCCAGAUUUGCUCAGUAUUUCCAUGGCAGCCUGGCCAGUCUUACUAUCCGGCCUGGCAAAAUUGAGAGUCAGAAAGUGAUUUCCUGUUUGCAGGCCUGCAAGGAAGGUCUGGAUAUUAAUUCUCUUGAGAGUCUUGGCCAAGGAAUAAAGUAUCACUUCAACCCUUCCCAGUCAGUCCUUGUCAUGGAAGGAGAUGACAUUGAGAAUAUAAAUCAAGCUCUCCGAAAGGUCUCAUACAUCAACUCUAGACAGUUUCCUACUGCAGGCGUACGACGUCUCAAAGUCUCAUCUAAAGUCCAAUGUUUUGGUGAAGAUGUCUGCAUUAGUAUCCCAGAUAUAGAUGCGUAUGUAAUGGUGUUUCAGGCCAAUGAGCCCAAGAUUACAAUAAGUGGGAUGGACCACUUUGCUAGACCAGCUGCACAAUUUGAAAGUGAAAGAGGUGUUAUUUUGUUACCUGACAUCAGGAUUGUCAGCACAGUCACCAAAACGGAGCAUCCAGUGAACUUAAAAGAACAUGACAGAGCCAAUAAGCCAGUCGUAUUAGAGGAAAUGCUCCACAACUUGGAUUUCUGUGAUAUUUUGGUCAUUGGCGCAGAACUAGAUCCUGAACAAGAGUGUUUAGAACUAGAUCAUGAGGAACUUCAAGGAAAACAUCUAGAUGCCACAAAUUCCACAGCAGGAUAUUCAAUCUAUGGUGUGGACAGCAUGCACAACUAUGAAGAGGUUCUUCGGCAAAUUCGGUAUCGUAACUGGUACACUUCUGCCACCUUUGACAGAAAGUUCAGAGUUAAGUGCUCAGAGCUAAAUGGACGUUACACUAGCAAUGAAUUUAACCUGGAGGUUAAUAUUCUACACAGCUCCAACUCCAACUUCAUGGAGCAUGUAAAUCAUAUGAUAGUACAGCCGCAAUUCCUCCAAUCUGUCCACCACCCAGAGGGAAGCAUAAGUGUUGUUCACAACUCAGUUGUUCCAAGUGUGGCUACCAUUGUUAUCAUAAUCUGUGUGAGCAUCCUUAUUUUCAUCAUAACCUUGGGGGUCUAUCGAAUUCGGACAGCUCACCAGCACAGCUCUGCAGACAAUGAAGGAAGUAAAGAAAAUGAAAUGGAUUGGGAUGAUUCUGCUCUGACUAUUACUGUCAACCCCAUGGAGAAAUAUGAAAAACCUCACCAGACAGAAGAGGAGAGUGAGGAAGAAGAAAUAGAAGAUGAAGAGGAAGAUACAACCAGUACUGAAUCAGAUGAAAGUGAAGAGGAGGAGGAGGAGGAGGAGGAGGAGGAGGAAGAGGAAGUUAUUGUCCAAAAGGGAGACAAACAGAAUGCCACCAGGCGAGAGCAGUUGGAGUGGGAUGAUUCAACACUCCCAUACUAACAGGCCUGCAGCCACAUUGCUUUUUUGUAACAACCAAUACAAUGUUUUUUCAGAGUCUAUGAAUUAAUUGACAGGAUUUUAACUUCUGCUUCCCUAUAACUAUAUUGCCUAAAAUGGUCUUGUUGUAGUAAUUGAUAAUGAUAGCACUGACCCUUUUCUUACAAAGCCGGAGAAAACAUAGUACAAAUAUACUGGCAUCACCAUUAAUAAUCUAGAACUUAAUCUGUUAGCGAGCAUAGUUCUCCAUUUCCUGCUUCCAUAGAGCAGAUAUGUGACAAAAGUCCUGUCACUCAAUCCAUAGAGGUUUUUGCCUUUGCUAUUUUUUUCAUACGGAAGAGAUUUCAGCUUGUUAUGAAGAAUUACUUGUGUGGGUCCAAAUAAUAGUUGCCAUUUGACUUCACACUCUUACAGGUGUAAAAACUAAUACAUCUUCAAAUUGGGGCAGAGUUUUAGUGCUACAGGUGACAGAGACUGAAUUCCAUUUGUCAUCUCGUCCUGCCUCCUUGGAUGUUAACUGUCUUCUGCAAGGGAAUAUCUAGGUCUUGACAGGGGAUGCAUGUGUGCCUGUGUAGAAGUAGACAGUGUAUUUUUCAGGCAUGAUGUAAGAAUCCUCAAGACAGGGAUUUUAUCCAACUCACCCAUAGAAACUUAAGAGAGUUUAAAAAAAAAAACCAGCAACAAGGGGCUGCUGAAGGUUACAAAAAAAUCAUCCUGUGUCUGCAGAUUAAGUAAUAUGUUCUUAUGCAAACUGAAAAUUCUAAUGGGAUUGAUUUACUGAAAACCUGUAGAGCUGCUCAUUAGUUAUGGAUUGAGCAAUUUGCAGCAAAUCAAUGCUUUGAACCAUCUGUCUUGUAAAAUCAUUAGCUUGCUGCAGUAUCUUACUGAAGUAGUAGAAAAAGAGUGACCCCCAUUAUUCCAUAGCUAUGUAUGGUUGGGAUUUAAACAAUGAUUUUAUAUGAGGAAAAUGUUCCCUUUUGCUUACAUGAAUGUCAGCUGGAAUUCCUGUCUGACUGUGUUCUAUAAAAUAUUAUGCCCUAUUUCUUCUGUACCCUUACCCACCUAUGAGUGGCACAGGAGAAAGUGACAACAUACACAACUGUCAGCUGUCUUUUGUGCUCAUAAUUCUCCCUUAUUUCUUCUUCAUGAAGCCAUUAAUGAUGAGAAAAAGUUUUAUAAAAUAGAACAAGGACAAAUAAAACCUACCGGGAACCAAAAGAAAUGAAAACAAAAACUAAACUCUUAAGAGGUUGAGAGAGUAUUUUAGUUUGUUAUGGUAACACAGCAUAUUUUUCUUAAACACUGUUUAAAAAGAAAAAAAAAAAAAGCAAAGAUACAUACAAUAUGUGGUAAGUCUGUGUGGUGUGUUUUUUGUCCCCUUUCCUUAAUUAUCUUUGCAUCUUCAAAUGCCCUACAUACCAAACGAUGCAACACUUGCUAGGAUAACUGCUCUAAUGCAUAAGAAAACCAAAAUGGCAUGGAAGUGAAUGCUGCCUAGUGACUUGUCUGAGUUUUUUUUCUAAAUAAUUCCUUUUCUUUACAAUUUCAUCACUGACUUUUGCUUUUGCAACUUGCUGUUUAAUACUCGUGGCUUCCUUGUCUCCUCUCUCCCAGAGAAACAAGCAGUGAGUCUUGCCACAACAGGACCUUCCUGAGUACCCAUGAAUGGUAGUUCAUAUUGCAAGGAGUAACUUGAGAAAUCUUGAGGGUAUCUACCCCCCUCAAUGCUAAAUUAUGCUCGUUAUCAGCACAUAUCAGCAAAGCUUUCUGCUCAGGAAAAAAAAAAAAAAAACCAAAAAGCUUUCAAAUUAAAAGUAGAUGCUUAAAAGUCAAUUUCAGAUUUAAAACUGGACUUAAAUUAUCCUAAAAGUUUCUGUUAUUCUGAUGAUGAUGAUGAUGAUUAUUAUUAUUAUUGUUGUUGUUGUUGUUAUCACAGCAAACAUUAGGGCAACUUAAAAACCGGCAAUUUACAACCAUAUUGACAUCCUUUAAUUCUUUUAUAUGUUCAUGUCUUCAUUAGUGUUUAUCUCCAUCUGAUAGAUUUUUAUCUUUUUGUUACUGGAAGCAAAUCUUUUAAGGUUAUGCUGGUACAUUACACAAGAAGCAAACAAAGUAUUUUCUCUACUGUAAAUAAACCUACAUUUUUUUUAAACCUAAGCAAAGUGAUACAGGCAUGUGUGUUAUCACUAAAAUUUGGGUUGAAACAAGAUAUUCAGCAAACUAAUAUGGAUCACUGUAUUUAUUUUAGGUUACUCUUUGGAGCAUGUUAUGCAGCAUUUUUCAUUCAAAUAAACGGAAAAACCUCUUUCACAAAUUGUUAGUGAGAAUGAGAUACUUUGUCACUAAAAGAACCAUAGAAUAUUUCUAUAGAAGUUGACAGCAAUGGCUUCGUGAGCAAAUGCCCCUAGUAGAAUAACAUAGAAAUAUCACUUCUAUGAAAUAAUUUUAACAAUAUUGCCUUCCCUCCAUGAACUAUUUUUUGAUGUAAACUACUUGCUUAAAACCAAACCAGACCAUAUAUGCCUGCAUACAUAUACGUCCACCCACACACUGGUUCUCAUACUCUCUUUGGCCACUGCCCCAGUCAAAAGCCAAAAAAUCCCUCCUUGCCUUUCUGACAUGUUUAUGCUGCAAUCUCUGAAACAGCAACUGCAGUGUGUGGCUUUUGUUUAUCCUUAAACCCAGUUGCAAGGUUGACCUAUGAAGACACACAAAUAAAGGUGGCCUUUUUACACUAGCAAUAAACAAGUGAAUUCCGAAAAAAAAAAAAAGUCUGAAGAGGUACCCAUAAUGCAUGUCAUCAGGAAUCUGUGACACUAGACACUUAAAAUGACAUCACAUCAAUGAAUGCCUUUAAAUUUUUUGAAAUUUUAAUCGAAGGCUGGGAAAAGCUGCAAACCUACAAAUGCAAAUUCACGAUGGUGAUACACUAUGUUAUCUGAAUAAAUAUACCUGCCUAAGUUGCUUCUUGUGAUCACUAGCUCACUUUUUUUUUCCCCACUUCUACCCCCUCUACAGGUCUUUUAUCUUUGCAAGUAAACCUUAAAAACGCACAGUUGAGCUUAAUCCCAAUAUUUACUGCAUUGUUGACACCAGUUCAGAUUAGAAAUAGCCACGUAGGGUUUGUGAUAUCUUCAAUAGUAAUUAAAAUAAAAUGUUGGGGUUUUUGGUUCAUUCAAACAGGCAUAGUAUCCUGCAGGGGUAGCUUAACUGCUUUUUACCUGGUAAUGAUCUCCCCUACCAAGGGCUAAUAAGAAGAUGCAGUUUAUUUCCCCUUCUGGUGUGUUGUGGUGCUGGGCUUGCUGCAAGCAUGUGCACGAUCCUUACUUCAUCCAGGCAGAAGAAUAAGACUCAGAAACGGUGAGAGGGUUACAAACCUCCUCUAGUGGGGAUGAAAUCCACUGUCUCCAUUGCAGGAGCUGGCCCUGCCUGACCCUAAGCUGAAAAUGAUGCUGUGGGACAUUAGUAGCCCCAGGUUAAGGACUGGUCAGAGGACAAUUCAGUAGCAGCCCUUACUUUUACUUUGGCAACCCCUUUUGAGCCCUGCACCUAAGUUGGGUCUCAGUGGCCACUUUUCCUGACCCCCAGUGGGGGUCCCAGCAGGUUGGGACAUGGCCUUCCUCUUCUGGAAGUUUUGGUGCCAGCACAUGCACUGCCCCAUUCAUCGCCACCACUAUCCCUGCUUAGCAGAAGAGGAGAAUGAAAAGACUGAGGUGACAGUGGCUAAAGGUCUGGUGGGAUGGACACAUGGAGCUGCUCCUGGUAUUCUGCAGUAUUCAUUGUAAUACCAAAAUUAAGGAUGUUUGCGAAAACAUAUGGAUACUUACUUAGAGAGGGAGGGAACUUAAACUGUGAGGACAUCUCCAGGGCUUAAAAAAAUGUCCCCUCUUCCCUGAAUUCACACAUGUUGACUAGAUUAAAUAUUGCGACACCAGUAUAUCCCCACCAGUUGUUGAAUGCCUAUUGAAAAUGACAAUAAAACCUCAUAGCAAAAUACAAUUUCCAUAUAUACAAUUUCCAAGAAUCUAACAGUAGGCAAAGGGGCUAAGUGCUAAAAAUCUUGGUGUCUGAUAUCAUGACUAACAGCCUAAAUUCUUUUGCAAAUUUGCUUCACUUUGUGGAGUGUAGCUCUUUCCUGGAUGUGUACUAUUUCUGCACUAAUCUUAAAAAAGCACAAAUAUGUUAACAGCAAGCGAACAGCUCAUUUAGAAGAAAAAUAAAGCUGUCAUAGCUAUUAAAAAAGGUGUUUUAAAUAAACUUAACUUAGAUAUUUGUUUAUUGAUUAAAUCCUGGUGUUAAAAAAAACAAACCAACAAAAACCCAAUUUAAUUAAAUAAAAUUUUGCACAAAUAUUGACAAUUACUAGACUAAAAAAUAACAGUGAUUUGAGUAGAAUUUUGAAAAAAUAUCAUACACAAAUCAGUACAUUAUAUUACAUAUAUAUAAUAGCUUAUAUACACACAAAUUUUAAGUAAUACUGUAUAUAUGUGUAUGCAUGUGUGUAUAUAUAUUAUAUAUAUAAAAAUGUUAUCUAUCUAGAUUGGAAAUACACCUCUUGUUUUAUCCAGGGUUUUCUAUGAAGCUGCAUGAAUUUAGGCAGCACAUGUAGAGUUGCUGUGAGACUAUCUGGAAAUGCUGGAAUCAAAGUAUAUAACAUCUGUUCCCCUAAAAUGGGCCAGUUUAUGGCUUUUUAGGAUGCUAGUUGUCUUGCUGAGUAGCUGGAAAUCACAGACAAAUGGCCAAUGAACACUGGUUCUGCCCUGAUAAAAUUACUGAACAAAAAAAGUGGAAAUAUUUAGGGGAAUCUGGAUGUGCAGUAGCCUCCUUUUGAUGUUUCACUUACUUUUGACCAUAAGCCUUGGGAUUAAUGUACCUCUGGAUGAUCACUGUAGCUGCUGACCUUUACUUAAUAUCUGGUUAAGGCAGUUCUCAUACACCAGUUGGGCAAAUCUAAGGAGGAGCUAGAAAUAAAAAAAUAAGACUGUCAAAGACAGCAAAAGUAAAAACACCCUUGAGAGGACUAAAAAUGUUACUAUUAAUUGUGCUUAAUGCUGUGCUAUAUAGAUAUGAGCUUCUUCAUGUUUCAACCAAUAUCACCAACCAUAUAAUAACAUUAGGUUUCUGCCUCGUCAGACUAAGGCUAAGCUGAGAAAGAUGACAAGCUUUGUUCAUGCCACAGCCUCAUUGCCUACAAUGUCUGCAUACCUCAUAGUGUAGAAGUGUCACUCCAAACGGCCAUAAGAAUGACAGCCUUGUCCUCAGAGAUCUAGGUGUUGCCAAAAAGCCCCCAACACUCCCAUGCUGAUGUCCAAACCAUGCAGCGCUUUGCAAUAUAACAUAAAUUCCUUCUACAGCACCCACAAGCAAACAGUGAUCCUGUACAAUCUUUGUACACUUGGGUCAAAUGCUUUAAAAAUAAAUAAAUAAAAAAAUAAAUAAAUUAAUAAACCCAAAACAAGCAGAGUAGGGAGCGUUAUAAGCUGAACUGUACCAGGCCCCUUAUUGCUGCAUGUUUCAGAAUUCCAGUGAAGGACAUGACAGUCUCAGAUGAACCAACAAAAGACAGUGUGUCCAGUGAUCAGGCUUUAGCACUAGGGUGUUUUGUUGUUUGGAGGGCUUGGGGUUUGGGGUUUUUUUGGUUUGGUUUUUUUUUUUUUUGUUAGUCUCUCCUGAAAUCCAGAUUCUUUUUUAUUAGUGUGGAGAAUGAAGACAGGUUUGAAGGAUGACCACUAAAGCUACAGCAGAGUAAAACACAUACUUGAUUAACACAUCCAAUCUCAAGAAAUAUUUCUGCUAAAUCUAUCAGGAAAAUUACUUCAGCACUAUCUCAGAAGGUAAUUAUACUUCAUUACUUUUGUACGAGUAACAAGAUACAAGCCUGGCAUGUUUUUUUUUUCCUUCCC